AUGUAUGGGAGCUCCAGAUCCUCCCAUCCGGACUCCGAAUUACUGCAUCGUCAAGCUUAUGCCACACCACACCCCCUGCAGGGCUAUGCUACUAAUCACCACCCAGGCAGCUCUGGACAGGCCGGGGCAUGGGGGGCUGCAGGCCGGAGCUUAGGGCUUUCGGGUUUGUUUGAUGCUGGGUUACAUCAUGCUAGCCCCUCAGGGCCUGAUGCUUCAGUCAUGAACCUGAUCUCUGCUUUGGAAUCCCGAGGUCCACAGCCUCCCCCAUCUGCCUCCUCCCUCCUUUCUCAGUUCCGUACCCCGUCAUGGCAGACUGCAAUGCAUACCCCAGCCCCUGCUGAGCUCUUCAUCUCCAGUGCUUUGCCUGGAUCUAGCUCAUUCCCUUCUUCCUCUGCUCUGUCAGCAUACCAGCACCCUGCCUCCUUCUCUGGGCGUUCAUUCUCCGGGGUGACGCCAUCACUGUCCCUCCAUGAUACGCCUACAUUCAGCCCUACCUCCAAUGGCCUCCUAUCACCCCAUGAUCCUUUACUGCACAUAAAAACACCAUCCCAAUCCAGCCUGGGCUUUGACCGUCUUCUCUCAUCACAAAGUGCAGCAGCAUACAGAGGAGCACAGGAGCCCUCAAGUGGUCCUCAGACUCAAGCACCUACAUCAUCCUCUGCCCGCCACUUACCUCCCCCUCAAUUUAACCUGCUCUCCUCCCAGCUUCAAGAGCAGUCCACCCAUCUGUACAAUGCUUCUGUAUUCUCUUCAACACCUGCACCUUCACAACCACCUACCCCACAGGAAAGAGCAGUUCCAAGGCAAGACAGUGUGAUUAAGCACUACCAGAGACCUUCCCCUUCACAGUCCCAGUUGCCCUCAUCCACAUCGCAUCCUCUGCAACAUUAUCUUAGCUGUGGAGCAUCAGGCUACCAGCAGAUAUCACAUCAUCGGCAUGGUGGAAUGAACUGUAGCCCCAUUGGUGACCAGAGCCCCUCAUCUGACCCCAAGCCCUCACCUCGUUCAGACCAAGUGUACCGCCCCAUAGUUCAGCCCCCAUAUAGCUCUUCCUCGACAUCCUCAUCAGCUGCCUCUGGUGGUAGUGUUGGGAAAUCAGGAAAGAGUUCUAGUUCAAGCAGUGGCUAUUCAUCCUCUAGCUCUUCUUCAUCCAGAACUCCUCACACACCUCCCUCAGCUUCCUCUACAACUUCAUCCUCCUCCACCUCCUCAAACUCGAGUGCUUCAUCUAGCACCCCCUCUGCUCCUUCGAGGCAGCAACCACCUCCCCAGUCUGCACCACAACCCCCUCCGCCACCUCCUCCACCACUCCCUGUUUCCUCCUCUGCAACACAACAGCCUCCUCCUAAACCCUGCCUUUCCACUUAUGGCUCUCCUGUGGCUCCUGUUAAAUCCAACUCUGGUCACCCUGGCCAAACCCCACCACAACAACACUCACAGUCAUAUUCGCCAAGUCAACCUCCACCAUCCCAUCUCUCCCAGCCUUAUGGGGGGUUCAGUUCUCCCCAGACCCAGGAAGUUAGCUCUGGUCCUGGGGGAUCAGGAAAAGGGUUUGGGGGUCUUGGAGCGACAGGGCGUUCAUUUUCAGGGGAGGGGGUAUAUGGUUCUGAAUCAGGAUAUGGUUCUUUACCACCCUCACUUGGAGGAGCAGGAAGCCCUUCAAUGGGCUAUGAUGGUACAGGACAUUCACCUGCCCUAAUUGGAUCUGGAGGUGGCACUGGUUCAACAAGUAGUGGUACUGGCUCAACAGGAGGUAGUUCAGCAGUGAAUAGCAGUAAUAGUGUUGCAAAUGGUGGGGCUGGAGGAUCAUACCACCUUCCUGAUUCCAGUCCUUCACCUUCAAUUAACUCUGCAAUCAUUAGACCUGGACUGCACUCCCCUGCACCCACUCACCCUGCACAAUCUCCAGGAGGAACUGGGGGUAAUAAGUACCUAUCAUCAGUUCUCUCUCCCAAUUUUUUAGGUUCUCCGCAGGGUUACUCAGACACACGGGCACCACCACAACAGGCACAGCCUUAUCAUUCUGUACCACACAAGAGCAAGUCAGAGACUGAUAUGCUUGGCAUUGAACGAUCUCAAGAGGAGGAUGAAGAUGAUGAUGAUGAUGAUGAUGAUGAUUUUCUAAUACAGCACCUUUUGCACUCCCAAAGCCCAGCACCCCUUCCAUCUCAGCACCACACUCCACAACAGCCACCACAGGUGACGUCCCAGCAGCAGUCAGCACAGCCACAAUCUAUGUCGCAAAGUAGAGAAGAAACAAAGGGAAUAUCUGCCUAUGAACUGAACAAGGCAUCUGAGGAACGCUACCAACUACAGAGUGUCAUUCGCACCAAUAAUGCCACUAAUAAUGUGGGACCAGGAACAGCAAACACUGCUGGACAGGGAACUGGUCCAGGACCUGGACAAGAGAGUCAGCUGGAAAUCUCUCUAAAGAAGCAGCAAACAAAAACAGACAGGACAGUAUCAGGAGCUGGGGCAAAUGGAGGACGAGGAGGAAUUGAUUCACUUGCUCACUCCCACCAGCAUGCUCCGCACACUCACCAACAUGACUCCCUUGGUUCAGUGGUCCAUUAUGGGAGAGGGGACUCCUAUGCCCACCAGACACACCAACAUCACCCUUCUCACUCUUCACACCCACAGCACUCCCAACAUCCACAGCACUCUCACCCUCAUUCCUUGUCUCAUGCCCAUGUGGAGGUCAAGAAAGCUACAGAUUCAUCAGAACUACCCUACAUACGAAAACCUCCAGACUUGCAAAGGUCCCAAACUUCCCUGUCCCACAUGGAUUCACCACCCGACCAGACUCAGCAACCUCAUCUUCUACAGUCUGUCCUUUCUCACUCCACACAUAACAAGAUGGACACUCAACAGGUCCCCCAACCAACACCACACCCAAUGAGUCAGCAGGCGUUAAUGGGACCAAGUGGAGGCCUUGGAACUGGAAGUGGUGGGAGUGUGGAAACCCAGUCACAGGCCUCUCAGCUUCAACUCCAACUCCAAUCCCAGUCAAUGGAGGCUCACUAUGGAUGUGAGGCACAGCGAAACCAAAGUCAGUCAAGUCAGAAUUCAGUCUCGCAACUUGAAAUGCUUGAACGAUCACUCUCUAGAACAAACAGUCGUGAAGGCACAGGGCCCACUGAGAGGAUUGUUGGUGGAGAUGGAAGUGGUAAUGACCAUCAAAGACCACAGCAACAGCUACAGCAGCAAAGGAUGCCUUCACAUCACCAGACUCACCAUUCUCAACAAACACCUCCAGAGCUCCAUGAUUUCCUAAAUGAGUCAAAUUUGAGCAUGUCUGCCCCAUCUCAUCUGCAUCACAUGGCUUCUCACCAUGGACACCCUCAUUCCCACCACCAACCACAGUCCCACCCUCAUCACCAACACUCCCACCAGCACUCUCACCACAUGCCAACCAACACUGGACCAAUGCAACCCCAGGCCCAGUCCAGGGAACCAGAGCCCCAGCUUCCCCAGCAACAGCUAGAUCAACUUAAAGAGCACCAGUUUGACACUGAAAGUUCUGUUGUGAAAACUACACAGAAUCAGGGACAGAGCCAACAGCAGCAGCAGAGGUUUGUGCCUCUGACCUCCAUCUGUUUCCCUGACUCACUUCUCCAAGAUGAGGAUCGAUCAUUUUUUCCAGCAAUGGAGGACAUGUUUUGUUCUGAGGACUAUAAACCAAGCUGUGCAGGUGGAACAGGUGCAGGACAAGGAGAUCAGGAUAUUGUGUCUGAAACACGUGUAAAUGUUCAAGAUGGAAUAGAGUCAGUUAAGGCAGGUGGAGGGGCAGGUGGAUAUGAUAUGAUGGGCCACCAUGGUGACCCGGGUUAUGGGCAGUACUGUCACAGUCUUUCUGAAUCUGGCAAUGGGACCAUGCAUCUAGAUUUGGACUCAUUGAAAACUCAUGAACUCCCAUCUACUGUGAAUACAGAGCAACUGGGCCUGAUUCAGUCUCCGGCACCAGGCAUGGGAAUGGGUGGAACAGGGUCUAGUGUAGAUGGAACAGGGAACAAAAUUAUGGGAAAUUCUGGUGUAGGAAGUGGUUCUGGAACAGGUGGACUGACCUCACCCAUCUUCUGUUCCUCUAGACCCAAAAAACUGCUGAAGACCAGCUCUUUCCACCUUCUAAAACAACGGCGGGACCCCAAUUCCCAGCCACAGACAAAGAAAACUUAUGCCCAAGAAUAUGAAUUUGAAGAUGAUGAAGAUAAAGCAGACGUUCCUGCUGACAUCCGACUGAAUAGCAGGCGACUCCCGGAUUUGCUUCCUGAUCUGGUGUCUAGCUGCAGAAAGUCCAGUGGUGGUUCAGGGGUUGGCAGUCUAAGUCCCCUAAUGGGUGACUUGGAUUUCUGCAACCCCCCAGGGUACUCGUCACUUGGACCUCCUCCACAGCUCCUUCCCCAUGAUGGGCCAAAGAAGAGAGGUAGAAAGCCCACCAAACCCAAACGAGAAGGCCCUCCUAGGCCUAGGGGAAGACCGCGUAUUCGUCCACUUCCGGAACCUCCUUAUUGCAGGGGGCUGAUGGGACAUGGUGCUGGAGAGAGCCGAAGGGGUCGUGGUCGAGGAAGGGGUCGUGGCAGGAAAGAUGAUCUCGUGUUGGAGAUGCAUAGAGACAUUAACAAAGGACAGAAUUACCAUCAACAGUCUCAUCAACAAGCACCUCAUCUCCAUCACCAGCAACAGCUUCAACAGCAACAUCCACAACAGCAGCACUUACAGCAACAUCAACAUCUGCACCACCAUUCACAACCACAGCAGCACCUCCACCCACAGCAGCAACACAUGCACCAACAGCAGCACCUACACACACAACACCAUCAGCACUUACAUCAACAGCAAACACAACAUCAGCCUCAACAGCAGUAUCAGGAACCCGUCAAACCGAUUAAAAUAAAGCUAUCUCUUCCCACCAUGCCUUCAUCUGAAUCCCUCCUGAGGACAGACUCCUUGUCGAGCAUAGACCCAGUUCUGUCUGAUGGCUCGGUUGGAUCUGCACCAUCUCUUGGUCUGAGCCCUGGACCCACAUCUGCACUGGACAUGAACAGAACUGAUAUGAACUGUGGUCAGGAUAAGAUGAAACAGAAGGAUGAAGAGAUGUCUUGGGAGAGAGACAUGGACGAACAGUUGACCCCAGAAGCAUGGGCCACCAUGCAAAAGCUGUCCAGCUCAACAGAUGACAAGCCAUCAGAACUGAAGUCUCGCUUCAUCACUUCCUUUCUGGACUUUCUAAAAACAGAAAAGAAGCCUCCAUCCGGUCCGCUCCACAUGGACGGAUCUAGCCCUGUACAUGAGCCCUCUGUAAAGGGAGGGCUUCGUCCCUUAUCGCCACCUCCACCCCCACCUCCAACUCCUCCGCCAUUUGGUGAGACUGAGGGAGAAGGAGGUCUCGCACUGAGCAACUGCCCUUCACCAUGCAAACGCCUGGAUGAGGAACUCAAGAGAAACUUGGAGACACUGCCAUCCUUCUCCUCCGACGAAGAAGAUUCUGUAAGCAAGAACCAGGACCUUCAGAAGAGCAUCUCCUCAGCCAUCUCCGCCCUCUACGACACACCCCACAGCUUGGCUGCCCUCCCACCCCCUCCCACACCAUCUCCACCCCCUUCACAGGCCCCACCCCUUGAUACACCUCCACCACCUGCUGAUUCAGAGACUUUCCCAGACCUGGAGACUCGCAUGAUGACCCAUGAGCUUCAUACACACACUGAGCUGAACUUACAGGAGAGGACACACACUCCAGAGGAGGAUGACGAACCCAUAGAGGACGAGGGCCUGGAGGAGCUAGAGCAGGAAAGAAUGCAGGAAGAGGAAGAUAAAGAGGAUGAGUUAGAGGAAGAUGGAGGAGAACAAGAGAACAUGGUGCAGAGUAGAAGAGAGGACAUGGAGAAAGAGGAGGAUGCUGAAGAGACGGAGUACUGUGCUGUCGAUGCUCACAAAGUUGAUGAUUCUUCAUCUGAGCCUCCUCUUGCUCCUGCACCACCCUCUCCUCCAUCUCUUUCUCCCUCUCCUCCCACCUCCUCCUCCCCAUCACCUCUUCCUCCUCCUCUUCUCUCUGUUCCCUCACCUCUUCCUGCUGUGGAGGAGGGCAGCCCACCACCACAGCCACACCCACCACCUCAGCCGGCUCCGCUGCUCCAUCAGUCUCUCCCUCCGAGUCCUUCUCCUCCAGCUCUCCCCUCCCCGUCUCCUCCUCCUCCAACACUUCCUCCAUCUGCCACUCCUCCACCGUCCUCCUCCCCGCCUCUGCACAUGGAGUUACCCCACCCGUCGCCUCCCUCACCUCCAACUCCUGAGGAUGCCCCCACCCCUCAGAUCACCUCCCUCCACCUGGCUAAGAAGCAGGACAAUGCAGCCAUUGCUGGAGAGAGCGAGGAGGAGGACAGUGAGAGUGGCGGCGAGGGCAUUUUCAGAGAGAGGGACGAGUUUGUGGUGCGCACAGAGGACAUCGGCACGCUCAAGCUGGCUCUGCAGACAGGACGAGAGCCUCCUCCAAUCUGGAGAGUGCAAAAAGCUCUGCUGCAGAAAUUCGCACCUGAGAUUAAGGAUGGCCAGCGGCAGUUCUGUGCCACCAGCAAUUACCUGGGCUACUUUGGAGAUGCAAAGAUGAGAUACCAACGUCUGUAUGUUAAGUUCUUGGAAAACGUGAACAAGAAGGAUUAUGUGAGAGUGUGUUCUCGGAAACCUUGGCACAGAGCUGGCAUUGCACUCAGGCGCCAAUCACUCGCUAAACCGCUGCCCACCAUCCGCAGUCAAACUCCGCCCCGCGUGGAACGAGAAGAGAGAGAAAAAGCAAGAGAGAGAGAGAGACAACGAGAGAGAGAGCAGCAUGAACAAAGGGAGAGGGUGAAAGAGAGGGAGAGGAGAGAGAAAGAGGCAGAACAGAGGGAAAAAGAAAAGCAAGAAAAAGAGAAAGAAUGGGAAAUGGAAAGGGAGCGAGAGAGGGAGGAGAGGGAAAAACAGAGGGAGAAGGAACGAGAGAAACAAAAAGAGAAGGAACGAGAGAAAGAGAGAGCAAAAGAAAGAGAGAAACAACAAGAGAAGGAAAAGGAGAGAGAGCGAGAGAAACAACGAGAAAGAGAGCGUGAAAAAGAGAGGGAGAGAGAGCGAGAGAAGCAGAGAGAAAAUGAAAAGAAGCUCCAAGAGAGGCAGAAUCAGGAAAAGUUGGAGAGGAGAGGUGGAGCAGAGCGAGGGCGAGUGAGAGAGGAGAAGAGAGGAGGAACAGGAGGGGAGAAGAGAGUGGAGAAGGCCAGGAGCAGGACUGUGAAAGUGAAGGCGGAGCCUCCACCCAAAAAGAGGAAGAAGUGGCUGAAGGAAGUUCCCUCCUCCGAGUCAGACUCCUCCCCUUCUGCCAGUGAGGAUGAAGGCUCAGUGCGCAGUGUGGUCCACAGUCGAGCAAUGAAGGAGAUGUUCCGCAGCUACGUGGAGAUGUUGGUGAGCACGGCGCUCGACCCCGACAUGAUCCAGGCGCUGGAGGACACCAACGAUGAACUUUAUCUUCCGCCCAUGAGGAAGAUUGACAGUAUCCUGAAUGAACAGAAGCGCAGAUUACUGAGGAGAGUGAACAUGAACACUCAGCACCAGGAAGCUCUGCACACAUAUCCUCAGAUGAGUGCUGAUGCUCUGGAGUCCGGCAUGGUGAAAGUGCGGCUCGGUGGAGAAGGAUAUAACCGCAAAACUCUCAACUGUGUCAAAAAGAGUCUGCCAAAGCAACAGGAUCUGAAGCUGUCGACAGAGAUGUGUCGGAUCUACAGCCUGUACCACUCACUCCAUCAUUAUAAAUAUCACACCUUUCUGCACUGCAAGAAGGAGACGGACAGUAUUGAGCAGGCGGCAGACGAUCCCGGGCAGGAGGAGGUGGUUCAGCAGUGUAUGGCCAACCAGAGCUGGCUGGAGACCCUCUUCAAUUCCUUCAUCGAACUGCUGACCUUUAGCAACAAGCCUUAAAGGUCAGAGGUCAGAGCACACUCUCAGCGGUGGAGAGGAGAGCAAACUGUUACUGAACCGUCACUGACCUCUGAGCAGCAGGAAGUUCGAAUGUACUGAGUUCCUGACACAGUCCUGUAGAAGGAGCGAGCCGUGUUCUGGGAUGCUGCAUCGUCACUUGAUGGGUUUUUUUUGUGACACUUUUUGUUUCUUGUAUUUUGUGAAAAACAGGAGGCAGAAAGAAAAGAGAAAGGAGAGAAUGUGUGAACAAGUGAUGAAGUGUAGAGACAGUGUCCAGGGGAACAGGGUCAGAGCUUAAACACUACGUCCCAUGCACACUCUUCUGAAAUAUAUAAAUAUGUAUUAUUAUUAUUAUUAUUAUUAUUGACAUUUAUGAUUUGUAUUAUUUAUACCAGGACAUUUGUAACACUUUCACCCCUUAAAAAGCCUGAAGCUGGGGCUGUUUGUUGUUAUUAUUUUGAAUAAUAAUAUUCAUGGUUUAUUCGGAUGUACAUGACAUGGCCUACCCAUAAUUCCCUGCUCUUCCCGCCUCUGAA